GUGCGGUCCAGCAGGGCUCCCGCGGGCGUCACUCCGGCCAUCGUCCCCACCUCCACCUGGGCCGCCCGGCAGGCAGGCGGUAGAACGGGCGUGGCAGACCUCCCUGAAGGCUUGUUGCUGGGCGAACGAGAAGGAUGCCAUGCUGACACGCUGACGUGCUCUGUCUCCUUGCAGACGGAGGUCCGGGAGCCAUGGGUGACUGGGGCUUCCUGGAGAAGCUGCUGGACCAGGUCCAGGAGCACUCGACCGUGGUGGGCAAGAUCUGGCUGACGGUGCUCUUCAUCUUCCGCAUCCUCAUCCUGGGCUUGGCCGGCGAGUCAGUGUGGGGUGACGAGCAGUCAGAUUUCGAGUGUAACACGGCCCAGCCGGGCUGCACCAACGUCUGCUAUGACCAGGCCUUCCCCAUCUCCCACAUCCGCUACUGGGUGCUGCAGUUCCUCUUCGUCAGCACACCCACCCUGGUCUACCUGGGCCAUGUCAUUUACCUGUCUCGGCGAGAAGAGCGGCUGCGGCAGAAGGAGGGGGAGCUGCGGGCACUGCCAGCCAAGAACCCACAGGUGGAGCGGGCGCUGGCGGCCGUAGAGCGUCAAAUGGCCAAGAUCUCGGUGGCAGAAGAUGGUCGCCUGCGCAUCCGUGGAGCACUGAUGGGCACCUAUGUGGCCAGCGUGCUCUGCAAGAGUGUGCUAGAGGCAGGCUUCCUCUAUGGCCAGUGGCGCCUGUACGGCUGGACCAUGGAGCCCGUGUUUGUGUGCCAGCGAGCACCCUGCCCCUACCUCGUGGACUGCUUUGUCUCUCGCCCCACGGAGAAGACCAUCUUCAUCAUUUUCAUGUUGGUGGUUGGACUCAUCUCCCUGGUGCUUAAUCUGCUGGAGUUGGUGCACCUGCUGUGUCGCUGCCUCAGCCGGGGGAUGAGGGCACCGCAAGGCCAAGACGCACCCCCGACCCAGGGCACCUCCUCAGACCCUUACACGGACCAGGUCUUCUUCUACCUCCCCGUGGGCCAGGGGCCCUCAUCCCCACCAUGCCCCACCUACAAUGGGCUCUCAUCCAGCGAGCAGAACUGGGCCAACCUGACCACAGAGGAGAGGCUGGCUUCUUCCAGGCCCCCUCUCUUCCUGGACCCACCCCCUCAGAAUGGCCAAAAAUCCCCCAGUCGCCCCAGCAGCUCUGCUUCUAAGAAGCAGUAUGUAUAGAGGCUUGGGGCUUAUGUCACCCAACAGAGGGGUCCUGAGAAGUCUGGCUGCCUGGGAUGUCCCCUGCCCUCUCCUGGAAGGCUCUGCAGAGAUGACUGGGCUGGGGAAGCAGAUGCUUGCUGGCCAUGGAGCUUCAUUGCAAGUUGUUCUUGAACACCUGAGGCCUUCCUGGUGCCCACCAGGCACUAUGGCUUCCUCUCCAGAAUGUGGCUUUGCCUGAGCACAGACAGAGUCAGCAUGGGAUGCUCUUGGCCAAGGGUAUUGGGGGCCCUCUGGCCUUUUGCAGCUGAUCCAGAGGGACCCAGAGCCAACUUACCCCAACCUCACCCUAUGGAACAGUCACCUGUGUGCAGGUUGUCCUCAAAUCCUCUCCUCACAGGAAAAGGCGGAUUGAGGCUGCUGGGUCAGCCUUGAUCACACAGACAGAGCUUGUGCCGGAUUUGGCCCUGUCAAGGGGACUUGUGCCUUGUUUUCAUCACUCCUUCCUAGUUCUACUGUUCAUGCUUCUGAAAUAAACAGGACUUGAUCACAAGUAGGUGUGU